AAAAAUCAAUGCAAAUGUGCCUUAUGACACGAACAUGUCAUGGACGAAGGAAAACUUUGGUUUGUUGAUUUAAAAUUACUGCAAAAAAUAUCAUGGCGUCUAAGACCCGUGCGGACAAUAUUGUUAAUGAGCGCCGUUUACGUCCGAUAUAUGAUUGGUUGGAUAACGGAAAUAAUAAGAAAGCUCUUCAAGAAGCAGAUAAAGUGCUUAAGAAACAGCCAAGCAAUCAAUGUGCUAGGGUACUCAAAGCUUUGGCUUUAUUACGACUUGGUAAAGAAAAUGAAUCUCAAAUUAUUAUGGAUAAAGUACGUUCUGAGAUUCCCUGUGAGGACUGUACUCUACAGGUCAUGAGCAUUUGCUAUAGAGAAAGACACCAACCUGAUAAAAUUAGCGAAGUGUACGAAGCUGCAGUUAAAGUAGAUCCUGGCAAUGAAGAAUUAUUAACACAUCUCUUUAUGUCCUAUGUUCGUCUUGGAGAUUAUAAAAAACAGCAACAAACAGCACUUGCCUUAUAUAAACUAAAACCAAAAAAUCCUUACUACUUCUGGGCUGUGAUGAGCAUAGUUAUGCAAGCUCUACAUUCAGAUGAAAAGUUAGCAAAAGGAGUUACUUUACCUUUAGCGGAAAGAAUGGUAUUAAAAUUAAUCAAAGAAGGAAAAAUGGAAGCAGAACAAGAAGUGCAACUUUACUUAAUGAUAUUAGAACUUCAAGGUAAAAAUGAAGAAAUGUUAAAUGUUUUAUCAGGGCCAUUAGCUACACAUCUUUCGUCUGUUUCACAACACAAAGCAGCACUUUUAUUAAGAUUGGAACGUUUUUCUGAAGCAGUUAAUGCAUAUAAGCAACUCAUCAGUGAAAAUGUUGACAAUUGGGCAUAUUACCAAGACUAUCUUCUUGCGGCUCUUAAAUUUCAAAAGCCAGAAGAAUGUUUAAAUUUCCUUAAUAAGAUCAUAACCACAUUAGAGAAAACAUGUAGAGCUCCUUACCUUGCAAAAUUUGAAUUAUUAAAGCUUACUCAGAAUGGUGAAAUUAUUGAAAAUGUUACCGAACCAAUUGACUUAAUGUAUCAGUAUUUUUCACAAUUUGGAGAAAAAAGUUGUGUAGUUGGGGAUUUACGUUUAUACUUACAUUUAUUAACACCUAUGGGCAAGCAACAGUUGAUUCAAAAGAUAGAAGAAAGUGUCGGUGUCAAACCUGAUGGAUUCCCAACUAAUUUGAAGCAAUUGCAGAGACACAUUCAUUUAGAACAAUUGCGUCGUAUUUGUGGUUUUCAUCAUCCUCCAAAUAUUGAUAUAAAUAAGCAAAAACAAUUGGUAGAACGAUUAUGUAAAUUAUAUAAGAAGGGUAAUGAAUUAUGUCCAAUCCAAGAUAGAUUACCAACAGACUUUUGUCCAGCAGAUUCUUAUAUUCUUCUAGCAACGCACUUAUUGCAUGAAUUAUGGUGCAAUACAAAUGACGCAGCGUAUCUUUAUAGGGCAAUGGAAUUAUUAGAACGUGGUUUAUUAUCAAGUCCGGCUAAUUUUUAUAUAAAAAUUCUACUAAUACGAAUUUAUUUGGAAGCAGGACUAGUAGGUGCAGCUGAUCAUGUUUUUACAUUGUUGGAUGUUAAACAUAUUCAGUUAGAUUCAUUGGGUUAUUUACAUGCACCAUUACUUGCUCCACUUGGCCAUCUUACAUUAGCUACCAUAACUUUAGAUCAUACUACUAAAUUUUUUAUUGCAAAUUACAAAGAUAGCGCAGAUCAUUUAACGUUUGCCUAUAAAUACGGAAGUUUUGUAAAGAUUCAAGAAUUUGUGGAGUUAAAAGAACGUUUGGAAAAUUCUUUUCACUUUGUUAUGACUACUGUAGAUAAGAUGCUUUUGGAAUUAGGUUGGUGCAGUAGUUCCACAUCUUUAAUUUCUGCUUUAGAUAAUAUGGAUAUACAACUAAUCGAGGAUUCUGUUCGAUUGAAUUCUUUACGAGAUAAUCGUGAUUUGGAGGUUGUUCCUGGAUGGGAACCACUUACGGAAAACGGAGAGGAUAUUAGAAUGCAAGAAGAAACACGCAUAUGUAUGUUAAGAUUACUAGCAGUGCGAGAUUUAAUAUUAAAAAUUUUAGCAGCAUGUCUAGCACCUGACAGUUCCUCUCUUCUUAUUCGAUUUUCUAAUGAACUGAAACAGCUGGAUAAUGAACAAAUUCCUUCGAUUCUUCAAAAAUUUGAAUUAGAGGGGAGAAAGAAUAGAUCAUGUAAAAUGUUAGUUCCUAUGGAUGCAGUCGAAAGGUUAUGCGAAGCUCAUUACUCCGAACAAUUGAAGACAAUCGCCCGACUUGCAGAAUCGCUUGCUCAGUCACGUUAUCCUGAUUUUGAAUGUAUUCAGAUGUUGCGAGUUUCACCAUGCCUCCAGACAAUAGAUAUCCCUGAGAAGAGAAUUCCAAUGUCUUUCAAGCAUUUUUUACUGAGAGCGUCAACGUGUAGCGAAACUCUCGCAAUUAUUAGUGCCAUAUGUACUCUGCGUGCAACACAAUUACAACCUAAGACUUCGCAAAAGAAGAAUAAGAAAAAAUGUAAUAAACAAAUAACAUCUAUUUCAUUAAAUGAUAAUGAUCAUAGUUGGAAGGAAAUAGUAAUGGUACUUGAAGAGAGGAUUCAAAAUUUAGAUUUGGUACUAACAGAAUUUGAAAAAUACCAGUUACAUACUGGACUGAGUAAUGACGAAGAAGAUUUGUGUGCUAUAAUAAUUAAAUAUGGUCAAGAUAGUUUAGGACAAAGUUGCAGAUCAUUAAAAUCUCGAGUUCAAAGUACACUAAAACUUCUAAGCAGUUUAAAAAGCUGAAAUUGUAAGAAAAUUCUUGUACAAAGAAUAUCCAUCCAGCUAUUCAUUGAUUUCUAAAACCAGUUCAUUUAUUGUGUACAUAGUUAUUAGACUUAAUCAAUUAUAAAUACCGACUGAAUUGUUUAUUGGAAAUCAACUCUUCAAAUUGUUUUAAUUUCGCACUAAAUUCAUAAAGAAUUAUUAAUUUAGAAAUAUUUCAUCAGCACAAAUUUUGAUAUAUUCAUGUUGAUGUGGAAUACACUGCCGUCUUAUGUAAAUUAUGUAUUUUUAAAAUAAGUAAACAGUAUAUUUGACAAAAAAACAUUAAAUUAAUAAAACUUGGUUAAAUUUAAAUUCUGUUAUCCUUGGAUAACAGAAUAUUGAAGUGUUUUCUAAUUGGUUAUCAUUAUCUUUAUUUAUAAUCAUUUAAAAAUUGGUGUAUAAUUUUUUUAUUGUUUUAGAAGUUAUUGAAAUUAAAAUGCAAUUGUUUAUUAUUUUCAUAUAAAUUUUUAACUUAUAUAUAUUAAGUACGUGUUUACAUAGAGGUGUGUAUAAAUUCUUAUAUGUGAAAAAUAUAAAGUUGAAAUUAACUAAUUUAAAAAGAUGUUACUCUAGAGUAAAAUAGUUUUUCCCUAAUAUCAAAGUUUUUU